GCAUACCUUAACCAGUCGUCAGCGCCAAACCAAAUCGGCAAAUCCGAAUGCUUAGUAGUGACAGUGCGCCGCGUGCUCCGUUUUGAGUUACUUGCCGAUGCCAUGAUAUCCAACAGAACCUUCAGCGGCAGCAGCGCGGGCACGUUAGGUCACUCGAGACAGCUUGCCUUCAACUCCGGGCGCGGCGCUUCAUCGUUCCGAUUAUCUUUCUUUUCCCGAAAAACAUUUAUGAAUUCUUUAAGUCAUCGAUUCAGUAGGGAUGCUUUCUCCAGAGAUGAAAAGGGUUCAGAGGUAGAGAAGAGAAGGAAGGUACAGAGGAGCUCCAGUAAUGAAGACGAUCCACGGAGGGAGGAGAAGGGGCUUUCCGGAAUUUAUGUGCCGAGGCAAAAGUACAUCUCUGUUUCGAAGGCAGAGCUUCUCCAAGCUAUUCUGGAGAUGUUUGAACUGAAGGAAGAUGCCGACAACUUCCUUAAGUUAUCCGUGUGCUUGGAUUCCAUUCUGCAUGCUGAACAUAAAGGCAUUCUUGAGGAAAUGAGAAGCUAUUAUUCUCCUCAUUUACAAGACCAAAUUCAGAGAACAAACUUUUCAAUACAAUCUUGGGAAGCUACAUCUGGCCUGCCUCACGUGGCCUCAAACGAUUCAAUGGGUGUCCGUGGCAAGAAAACAAACUUCCCCGGCAAUGGUGAAGAUGAGAAACCUGUAGAUAACUCGGACCUAGGGAGGUUUUUUGAAUCACUUUCUGGUAAAGGUGAUAGAAAGCCUUCAAUGGACUCACAAAGGAUUGCCGUUGCAAUUCGUUUUCAGCAGUCUUUUAUGAAACUUUUACACAAUGCACAAUUUGAAGAACUAUCAGCCCAAGAUUUGCUAUUGACAAAUGCACUAAAUAGUGAUUAUCUGUUGACAUUGCCGAUAUAUGUUGACUGGAAGCGUGCAUCUGAAUCCCAUGCGAUAAUAUUCAGGCGUGGAUAUGCAACUGAAAGGCAAAGAGGUCUACUUAUAGCUGAGAAAUUUGAUUACUUACAAUCAAAGUUGCUGCAAGAGAUUUUCUUCAAUCUUUCAAGGCCACUAAAGCAAUUCGGAAAGUGGCUCUAUGAGACACUAAAAGGUUUCAAUAAGGCACAAAGUGUGACGGCAAGGAUCGAUGCAGCAAAACUUUGGCUUAAGGAUCAAUAUUCUCUAGAAAGAACUUGGUCCUACGGACAAUACUUCCUUAGAAACCAGCUAAGAUCUGAUAUAAUGGGAGACAGCGACCUUCCUAUUUGGCUAGCCGCACAAAGAGCAGUUCCUCGAUAUGAAGGGUUUCUGUCAGUAGUUGGACCAAGGAGAAGAUUAAUGAAGAAACUUCUUACUUGGGUUGGAUUGGUUCCUUCAAUGCCAGAAGUAUCAGUUGAUUUUGAUAGAGAUACCCAUUCUUCAGAAACAGAUUCGAGGCCAAACUUCUUACAAAGAAUUACUCUUAGCAACUUAUGGGAACCUGCUUCAAAAGAAUCUUGUGGAAACAAUGUUUGGAAAAUAUUGAGUACUGCCGUGUCAAUUUUAUUUUCAAGGUCAAUUCUUCAGGAGCCUGCUUUUGAAGAAUUGAUUCUGCUUUAUACUGAUGAGCGAAAUCAAAGGGAAGAUACGGAUGAUGCUUUACGAUUGCAUUUGAAGAUUUAUGAGAGAAUACCUAUUCCAGAUCUUCCGGUCAUUUUUCCUCACAAGAAGCUGUCAUUCAGGAUUCUAGAUACUGUACGUUUGGAUGUCGCAAGCAUACUUGGGUUAUUGGCAUUCUUUCUGAAUUACAAAUUUGAAAACAUCCUCUCUUCUCCAUCUGCAGUUUUGCUUGAUGUAAUUGGCACCACUGCACUUAUAGUGUAUGUGAGCCGUGUGGUCCUAGGUUACAAGCAGACUUGGGAUAGAUAUCAGCUUCUUGUCAACAAGACUCUUUAUGAAAAAACAUUAGCGAGUGGCUUUGGUUCAGUCCAUUUUCUUCUAGAUGCAUCAGAACUGCAGCAAUACAAGGAAGCAAUUUUGCUGUAUGCAAUUUUACUGCACCCAGAAAAAUAUGAGGUUUUUAAUCGUAAGAGCAUUGGGGCUGAGUGUGAAAUGUUCUUGUUUGACAAAUUUAAUCUGCAGAUUGAUAUGCCCAUUGAUGAGGCUAUGGAUACACUAAUGAGAUUGGAUCUUGUUUCUGAAUUUCCUGUUGAAGGAAAUCUCAAACCAAACGCUAUUCCUUGUUCAAAGGCUUACGAGCAUUUAAGAAAACGCUGGAGUAGCUUGCUAGAUUUGGGUUCAUGAAAUGCAUCAUACAGGUAAUAUUCAAAUUCUCGUCUACAUUUUGCCUGCCUGUUUAAAUAAAAUUAUCAGCAACAACCUGAGGAGAGCACCUCUUUUUUUUCUUUUCACCUGAUUAUAUGCUGUUGUGUAGAGUGAAUCAUUUAUUUGGUAUAUACUUUGGAUGGAAAAUUUUGUUCUUAUUCUUUAUUCUUAUUUUUUAACCCUUCUUAAAUCAAGGUUGUUUGUCACUUUUGAUUCGGUGAUGUAUGAAAUAUCAUGUUAUUUUAUUUAAAAAUGUUAAUUGUUUGGUCU